AUGGAGCAGCAUACUCUCCGUCGUCGGGGCCUCGGUCUCCGCGGCGUUGACGAACAAGGAGUCUCGCCCGGCUACGUCCUCUACUCCCCUCUUACAUCGAACACGGCGCACCUCGUCUCGACUUCCGGUAAAGAAGUUCACCGUUGGAUUCUUCCCCACCGCGCUGGUCGUCAUUCCCGUAUCCUACCCAAUGGCUCUCUGGCAUACAAUGGCGUCCACCCGGAUGCUCCCAGGCUGUUUCCUAUGUGGGCCAAGUAUCGUGGCGGCGUCAUGACGCAGCUUGAUCCCUCGGGCAAAAUUCUUCGACAAUAUUCUGAUCCAUACGCCCACCAUGACCAGAAUCAUCUUGACAACGGAACCCUCCUGUAUACCACCCUCGAGCCUCUCACAGCGGACGAAGCAUCUCGGGUGCGCGGCGGUAUCCCCGGUAGCGAGGCACCAGGAGGUAUCAUCUACGGCGACUGCAUCAAGCUAGUGGAUCCCUGGUCUGUCUCGAAUACCUCCUCCUCAGCCGACUUUGACGGUAGCAACGGCAAGGGUGGCGCCAAGCUGCUCUGGUCCUGGCGCGCGAUCGACCAUCUCGAUCUAGACGCUUUCGCCUCGCACCCACACUAUCCUCGCGAACACUGGCCUUUAAUUAAUAGCGUUAGCUUUGACUCGGAGGGAAACAUCAUCGCCUCGACGCGUAAUGCUUCCGGUGUCUUCAUCAUUAGUCGAAAGACCGGUGAAGUUCUUUGGCAUUUGACUGCGCCAGUAGUGUGCCAACAGCACUGCGCGCACCAAAUCAAUUCCGCAGGCGACAUCCUCAUCCUCGAUAAUGGCGUCUUUAGACCUGAGAUUUCUGUGCCGUUCUCACGGGCUAUCAUUGUCUCUCGUGAUAAGCAGAUCAAGUGGGAAUACAAGGAUGCAACGACCGGUGGCCUGGGCUUUUUUACUCCAUUCAUGGGGUCGGCGCAGAAACUGGAGAAUGGGAACGUGUUGAUCUGUGAAGCUGCUACUGGUCGGAUCAUUGAGGUUACUGAGGGUGGUGAGGUAGUCUGGGAGUUUAUUGUCCCGCAGCUACAGGAUUACAAGGCCGUUAUGAGCAAGGAUGAGUUGGCGGAAAUGGAGAGGAUUGGGUUCUCGAAUCAGAGCAAUGCUAUCUUCAGGGCUUACAAGUAUCGCCCCGAGGAGGUGCCUUGGGUGAAGGAAGAUUGA